AUGGCUGGUCAGAGAUAUUCAUUUUCGAUACCCAAAUCAGCGGCUAAUAACAGUCAUGCAAUUAUAUAUUUUUUACCAAUAAAUCAAACAACAAAAAUAUCGAUCAUAGCAAAAGCUAAUACAAAGGAAGAAUUUUACAAUAUUAAAGCAAAGACAGAAAAGAAUUCCUCAAUUUUUGCAUAUUAUGGAUCCGGUGAUGAAUUAUCGAUGAAUUUAUUCGGUGAUAAUCCAUUCCAAGUGAUUAUUGCUUUACAACAAUUGCUAAUAAUUCAUGAUACUUCAAAUACUAAACGUCGUAUAGAUUUUGGUUGUACAAUGGCAGUACCUGUAUCGCAAAUUGUUUGCUCAAUAGAAAAACCUGAAAAUUGGUAUGAUAUGCAUUAUCUAUUUGUUGCACAACGUUAUAAUUAUUCGGGUUUUUUCACGAUGACACCAUCUGAUAGAAAUUGUCCAACAUAUUAUGCAGAUUUUUUCCCAAGAAAUGGAUCAAUGAUUGAAAAGCAAAAACGAUUAACAUUUGAACCGCCAACUAUGCAACAUUAUUUUCAACUAUCUGCCGGAAAUUUCUCCGAUUUUUCAACAAUUCGUUGCAAGUAA